AUGUCUCCCGGACGACUGACAGAGAAAGAUGAAUACGAUUUCAUCGUCUGCGGGGCAGGUACCUCGGGGUGUGUUGUCGCAGGCCGCCUCGCAGAGGAUGCCAAUGCCAGUAUCCUUCUAGUCGAGGCCGGCCCUCACAACAAAGACCUUGAAAAUGUCCAUAUGACCGGAGGAUGGUCCAAGAACUUCGACAGUGAUACCGAUUGGAAUCUGAUCACCCCUCCCAUGCCUGGCGUGGGUGGUAGGCAGGUUAAGCUGAGCCGUGGGAAAUUCCUAGGUGGCUCAUCGGGCGUCAAUGGCACUUUGUGCAUUCGUGGAAGCAAGCAAGACUUCGAUGACUGGAAUCUCCCAGGAUGGUCCGGAGAAGACAUGUUUGCAUACAUGAAAAAAGCAGAGACUUUUCACAACAAGCCCUGGUUCCAGGCAGAUGAGGGUGCACAUGGAUACAGCGGUCCACUACACACGGAGCCACAUGACCUGGCACCGAUCUCGAAAUUGUUGUUGAAGUCUAUGGAAUCAAUGGGACUACCGCUUGUCCCCGAUAUGUUUAGCACCGGCGAGACUGCUCAUGGUUGUGGUCAUGCACCUCGAACAGUCCACCGAGGCAUCAGGACGACGGGUGCAGACUUCGUCACCAACGACCAGCACAGAGACAACAUCGACAUUGUUGUGGACACUCUCGUCGACAAAAUCAACUUUCAAGAGAGGGGUGGCCAACUUCAGGCUUCGAGCGUGACGCUUGUGGACAAGGCCGGGACGAAGAGAGAGGUGAAGGCCAGGAAGGAAAUCGUCGUGUCUGGAGGUGCAUAUUGCUCGCCAGCCAUCCUUCUUCGGUCCGGAAUCGGCCCCAAAGACGAACUGGAACAACUGGGUGUAACGUGUCUGGUCGACUCGCCUGGCGUGGGCAAGAAUCUACUUGAUCAUCUCAUUGUCUUCGCAUUUUAUGAGACGGAAAAGGAAGGGUUGACCAAUGACCAUCUAGUAUACCAUGGAGACGCUGCAAUGGCAUCAUACAUACUGUACAAAGAGAAGAAAGAAGGCGUUCUCUCCACGUUUCCCUUCGGUGCCUUUGGCUUUGCGAGGCUCGACGAUCGAUUGAAGGAUGAACCAUUGUGGAAGGAAGCAAAGAGAGAGCCCGGUCGUGAUCCAAUGGGUUUAACUUCAAAGCAGCCCAACGUCGAAUUCUUCACCACAGAGCUUUACGGUGGCCCAAAGCAGUACGACCAGUAUCCCAUCGACAAGAAGCACGCAUUUGCCAUGAUAACCGAGCUGUUCUCGCCACGUUCAAAGGGAACGGUCACACUGAAAUCCACCGACCCCCUGGAGAAUCCCGUCGUAGAUUGCAACUACUUGUCAGAUCCUCUUGAUGUGUUGGUUGUUUCGGAAGGUUGCCGACUGGGGAAUGAAAUCGUAAUGAAUGGAGCUGGAACGAAGGACAUUGUCAAAGGGUCGUGGCCAUCAAAUCUGACACAUCACGCCUAUACCACGCGGGAGCAAUGGGUGCCAUACGUGAAAGAGCAAGGGACGACUUGCUAUCACGCUGCGGGAACGUGCAAGAUGGGAUCGGGAGAUGACAAGAUGGCUGUCCUUGACGAGAAGCUUCAGGUCCGGGGUGUCAAAGGCUUGAGAGUCGCCGACUGCAGCGUGAUGCCGUCGUUGCAUGGAGGCCACACACAGAUGCCAGCAUACGGCAUUGGAGAAAAGGCCGCCGACCUGGUGAAGGAGAGUUGGGCCAAAGGGUGA